GAACAUGGAGCAAGUGUUGUUGCGAGUGGACUCUGAGCCAGCUAUGGUCACCUAUGGACCGAGUGGGUCAACUCAAUUAGACACAGAACCCAUUAUCUACUUAGGAGUCCCGAAAGCCGAGCCAAAGGAUUUGAUCAAAGACGCUCUUGAUUCUUUUGUCGGCUGCAUCAAAGAGUUCAAGUUCAACUCACACUUCGUCAACCUCCCGGUUUCUGAAGACUCUCAAAGGUCAUGUGGUUGAGUGAACCUUAUCGAAAGGUCAUUGAAAACUGUCCAAAGUAUCUGAAUGAAGUUUGCUACUCAUCCGUCAAUCAUUUUCUAUUGAUUUAAUAUUUAAAAAAAUAACUCUGCGAAUAGAAAUAUUUCUAAUUUAGAUUAUAGACUUUUGAUUUAUUUGAAGUCUGUCCAUGAAAGUUUGAUCAAUA